AUGAUCUUCUGCUCGUGAUCGGUUGGGCAGCUUGCGAGGCCGAUGUCACGCAUAGUAACUGAUCAACUUCUAAAACGACCAUUGGCUGCUGCAAAGCUCAUGCCAUAACAAUGUUCAAUUCAACGCGGUCCGCUUCGAACGCGGCGGUGAAGAGACUAAUGAUCGAAUACAAGCAACUCUCUAGCGAUCCCAACUCGCUCUUCCCCGCCGUAGGGCCCAUCUCGGAGGACAAUUACUUGGAAUGGGAGGCGUUAGUGCCAGGACCAGACGACACGCCGUUCGAAGGCGGCAUCUUCAGCGCGCGGCUUAGCUUCUCAUCUUCUUACCCAUUAGAGCCACCAAAGAUGGUCUUCGAUCCUCCGCUCUUUCACCCAAAUGUCUACCCGGACGGAGUCGUAUGCAUCAGCAUCUUGCACGCAGCAGGGGACGAUCCAAACAUGUAUGAAUCCUCGUCAGAGCGCUGGUCACCAGUGCAAUCGAUUGAGAAGAUCCUCUUAAGCGUGGUCAGCAUGCUAGCGGAGCCGAAUAUCGAGAGCGGAGCCAACAUCGAUGCUUGCAAAAUGUAUCGCGACGACCGGGCGGGCUACGAGCAGAAGAUCCGAGACUCGGUCAAGCAACAACUGGGCCUUUGAUUCGGUCUGCAAUGCACUUGUAAAGCAUUUUGCAGCAUGACAUUCACGAGUCACGUCGCCACUUCAUCGCUUCCCCGCCUUGAUCUCAUCAAGCUGCUGCUUCCGACGCUGAAAAUGCUCAAUGCUGGGCUAGGCGAAACAUGACGAACACCAAGUCAGCAUGGC